ACAUCCAUCUUCCAUACAAUAUUGAAACCAUCAUUAUGAGGGAAACUUUCCGUGCUAUGCUUGUUCUAGUUGUUGUAUUGUUCUUUGAAGCUGCAGAGCUUUGUUCUAGUUGGAACACGAGCUUUAGCUGUAUAGAAAGGGAGAGAGAAGCCCUCUUGAAAUUCAAACUAUGUUUCCAUGAUCCAUCUCAUAUGUUGUCUUCUUGGAAAGGCAAUGACUGUUGUGAAUGGAGAGGAGUAGGCUGUGACAAAAAUAACGAAUAUGUUGUCUCACUUCAACUCAGGGGAUCAAUAUCUGAUCGUCUUUAUUCGUCCUUUAUUGAUGAUCAACAACCUCAAUUGUACUUGAUUGACCAUGUAGAGGAGGUUGUUUCAAGUUUGCUCAAGCUCAGAUACUUGGAACAUCUGGACUUGAGCAACAAUAAUUUCAGUGGUAAUCUUAUUCCACCCUCCUUCGGCUUGAUGAAGCAGCUGAGAUACCUAAAUCUCUCUUAUGCGCAAUUCAAAGGGAGAAUUCCUAGUGAACUUGGAAAUCUUACAAGGCUUCAUGUUCUUGAUCUUUCUCAUAAUUAUUAUGGGAGAUUGAAGGUUGAUGAUGACAUUCAGUGGAUUUCUCGUCUCUCCUCUUUGCAACAACUUGAUAUGAGUGGAGUAAAUCUAAGCCAUGCUUCAUCAAACUUGUUCCAGUGGAGUAAAUCUAAGCCUUACAUCAUCAAACUUGUUUCAAGUACUUGGCAUGCUUCCUUCUCUAUCACAAUUACAUUUGUCAAGCUGUAGUCUCAGAAAUUGUCACUUGUCAUCUCACAACCAUCCCCUUAAUUUUACAUUGCUUGGCAAUAUUCAGCACUUAGAUCUUUCAGCUAACUUUUUCCAAGGUUCAAUACCUAUAUUUUUCCAAAACAUGACUUCCUUGAUAUGUCUUAAUCUUGCUAGCAAUCAAUUGAGUGGGAGUAU